UAGAGGUGGAAGGUUCAACUUUGGCAAGCAUCAGGGCUACCCCAGAGGGAAAUUUAAUUUUUACAGAGGAUUCAGGGGAAGCUUUGGGUUCAGGAAUAGGUUCAAUUCCUACAGGCGAGGUAUCAAGAGAGGGGGCCGAAGAGGGGGAAGGAGUACAGGGGGACAGACAGCAACUAAUUCAGACGUCAAAGAUAAGAAACAAAACUAAUUAUGCUUUAAUUCUUAAUACCAUCGAGCCCUGCUGGGACCAAGAGGAAAAUAACCUGGAGCUACACAGUAAAAAUAAAAAUUUGGCAAAGGUACCCACUAACAAUUCAAUGAUAUUAGAAGAGUUAAAUUUCCCUACAGAAGCCUCUAGCUCCAAGGAAACCUCUCACGCCCCUCCAGUAAGUGGGAUAGGAAACGGAACCAUGGUUUCCUCUAGUCAAGACAGUCUCCAAGGAAUACCGGAAGUACAAAGUCAAAGCAGAAGGCUGCCAGAUACUUCAUAUGGACUGUACCUCACCCUUAGCACAACACCACUUAAAUUUGAUCGCCUUCAGAAUAUAAAAGAUCAACUACCUUCCAUAUUUCCUCCAGAGAUAUGCAACAAAAUUACUUCCAAUUUACGAGACAGCUCCUUGGCCAAGUACCAAAAUCUCUUCAGUAGCUUUAAAGAGUUCAUACACAAUAAAUAUGGAAGUAACAACAAGUUCCCUCUUUUAUCACUGCUACUCUACUUUAACGAAUUAAUAGACAAGGGCCUAGCGUACAACACACUAAAAGGAUAUCGAGCUGCUCUUGGACCAGUUUUGAAGGGAUACUUUCCCAAUUAUUGUCUAGCAGAAGACAAGUAUAUUAAAGCUAUGCUUGAUGGAGUAAAUAGAAGAAGACCCAGCAAUUCUCAUCAAUUUCCAGGCUGGGAUCUUGAUAAAGUAGUUUCCUUCCUCAACACUACAAGAGAUGAUUCUAUGCUGCUCAUGAUUCAGAAGACCUUAUUCCUCGUAGCUUUGGCUUGCCCAUUGAGAGCUAACCAAUUUAAUCAUCUAUGUAUCUCCAGGAGCACUUUCACACCAGAAACCAUUGUGUUAAGGAACCACCCUUCCUUCAUGGCCAAGAAUCAGAGAAACAAUUACACUCCUAUUGAAUUCAGCUUUAGGUGUCACCCUACUAAGCCAAAAAUUUGUCCAGUUAGACAAUUAAACUUUUAUCUGAAGUACACAAAUAAAAUCUGUGCAGAAAGGAACAUAGAUAGGGAAGACCAUAUUUGGCUGGAUGAAAACUUCAAGAUCAUGUCCCUUUCCAAGAUGAGGCAGCUAUUCAGGGACUGUAUUUUCAGAGCUGAUCCCAAUGCCAGAAAACACUCCACCAAUUUCCACUCUAUCAGAGGUCAAGCAGCUUCAAGGAUGAUGUAUAAUGGUGUUACGCUGCAAGAGAUAAUGACUAGAAUGAAUUGUAAAAGCACUCUGUAUUUGGGUCAUUCUAUGCUCUCCUCGGUCUACAGGGAGCUUUCGAUGCAGUCGUUGCAGGACUUCAUCUUCAUGCCCCCUGAAGUAUCGGGUGAGCAAAACCAGUGGGUCUGA